AUGAAAGCCAGAUUUCAAGAGAUGGUAUUCAGCAGACCUUGCACCCUUCCAGAUAUAUCAAUUCCAUUUCUGGUGUUAUGUGGAGCAGAUUGCAUAUCAUCAGUAAUCUCACAGGCCUAUUGUUGCCCAAUCAACAUUGGGAAAAAUCAGGGUGGAAAAACCUGCAAUGCAGAAGCUGCUGAGAGAUAUGUGGAAGUGACUGAGCUGUCCAUUCUGGUGACUGACUCAAACACCAUCUGCAUAUGGUAUUUGCUGGAUGCUCUCAGCCCAAAAAGAAGGGCUGACAUAUGGAACCACCUUCAUCUUCUGAGGGAACCACUGUGGGAGAGCAUAAAGGCUUCCCCACAGGCAUGGUGGACUGACAAGUCAUAUUUCUGUGAUAAUGCUGAGUUGAAAGGCACCAUCAACCUGUCACCUGCAUGGUUUCAACAGGGUCAUGGGCCCAAAAAUGGCUUCUUGGAAGCCUCACAGCUGCUCAAAUCCAGGACAGAAAACACUUCUACAAGGGAAUGGGUUGACCAAAUGUCCAACACCAAUGCCCUGUUAUCUGUGAUCCUGCAUGUCAUCCAUCUGGAUAUCAAUGGAUGGGAUCCAUGGUAUGACAUGCUGGUAACUGUGGGCAACUACCUGCCCUUGGACUUUGUCAUUCCAACAUUGAAUCUGUGGCUGUGCUACAACCCAGGGACAAUCAUUGCAUUUUCAGGUUCAGCAUUGGAGCAUGGGGUGGGAGCUGUAGACAGUGACAGAGCAUGCCUGAUGUACUACAUGCAUGCCAAUGAUAUGCUGGCUCUUGAACUUUGGACAGGUGGUGUUGCCAAGAUUUUGCAAAUGGGUGGGUGCUUAGACAUCAUAGAUUGGGUGCUUAGACAUCAUAGAUGGAUGGAUACUCAGAGCUCAAGGUUUACCUGCUCCUUGAUAUGGCCACCAAGACAGUCUGUGAUUGGUGCCUCAGGCAAUGGCCAUAAGCCCUGGGCCAUCAUCAACUAUUUGCAGCAAUGA